CUUGACCGUGUUCAGUAAACAGUCUGCACUCUGCAGCGUUCAAAGGGCGAUGUUGGCUGUCACCAAAUAUAAGGUGCUGCGGUUGCCUAUUCAAACUGUGGCCAGAGCCAUGUCAUCUUCAGGUGGUGCCACCCCUCCGUACACGACCCUGGCCAUCAGUCGCCCUACAGAGUCCAUCACGCAUGUUGAACUUCACCGGCCUGAGAAACGCAAUGCCAUGAACAGUGCUUUCUGGAGUGAGAUGGUGACCUGCUUUAAUGAGCUCUCAGAGGACCCCCAGUGCAGAGUGGUGGUAGUUUCUGGAGCAGGGAAGCUCUUCACAGCUGGUAUCGAUCUCAUGGACAUGAUGAACAAUGUACUUCAACCAGAAGGAGACGACACAGCCAGAAUCUCCUGGGGGAUCAAAAAAAAGAUUAAGAAAUUGCAAGAGACCUUCUCCGUCAUCGAGAAGUGUCCGAAGCCUGUUGUGGUGGCCAUCCAUGGAGCCUGUGUCGGCGCAGGUGUUGACAUGAUUACAGCCUGCGACAUUCGCCUGUGCACCCAGGACGCCUGGUUCCAAGUGAAGGAGGUUGACAUUGGACUUGCAGCAGAUGUUGGAACACUCCAGAGACUCCCGAAGGUCAUCGGCAGCCAAAGUCUUGUUAAUGAACUGGCUCUGACAGCGAGAAAGAUGUAUGCUGAUGAAGCUAAGAGCAGCGGACUGGUCAGCCGAGUGUUUGCAGAUAAGGAGGCGAUGAUGGCUGGAGCUCUGGAGAUUGCUGGAGAGAUUGCUGGUCGCAGCCCAGUUGCUGUGCAGGGCACCAAAAUAAACCUCAUCUAUGCCAGAAACCACAGCGUAGCAGAUGGAUUGGAUUACAUUGCCACGUGGAACAUGAGCAUGCUUCAGACUGAAGAUUUGAUGAAAUCAGCUCAGGCAGCCCUCGAGAAGAAGAGUCCCAAAACUGUGACAUACUCCAAACUCUGAACACCAGUGAGGCAAAGCUCAGAUACAGAAUGUGCCUCUUUCUUCCUCCACUAUGGCCUUUGUUGCAUGUUUUAUAAAUCAAAAUUACAUUUACUAGCUGAAGAUCUGCAUCCACACUAAACAGUAUUUUCAUGCCAUUGUGUGUUUAAUAAUUCAUUCAGGUUCAUAUUUCUCCUGCUCUAAUAUCAGAUAUGGAUAAUAUUUAACGAAGACAAAUCUUAACUGACUGAGCUGAGAAACAUUUUGUUCAUCUGUAAAUGACCUCCUGAAUGUUUCCUUAUUAAA